CCGAGCCCCGAUCCACCGCCGCCCCCCUGCUUCCAUCCGCCGCCGCCCCAUGCGUCCAGCGCUGGCCCCUCCACCCCCGCUGGCCCUCUUCCCCAGCGCGCCACCAUUCCCUCCCCCACCGCCAUCUUCCACGCGCCGCCGUUGCUAGCCCCCUGCCCAGCGCGCCGGGGGCCCUUCGCGUCCCAUCUCUGGCGACGAGCCGCCCCCGCUGGACCCCGAGCGCAGCCGCCCCUCCGACUAUGCCGAGUUCGUCAGUCCGUCAGUUCGCCGAUGGGCACCGCAAGUCAGGACCCCAUCUUCCACCCCGCCUCCCACCUCCCGGCCGCCGCGCACCUCCCUUCCCCGGCCGUUGCGCACCUCCCACCUCCCGGCCGCCGCAGGCCUCCCUUCCCUGGCCGCGCGCCCCUCCCUGCCGCGCACUGUCGAUGGUGGUGCGCCUCAUUUCAUCGCUCUAUGGCUUGGUGCUCACCUCAAUGGCGCCGCGGACGCAGUGGAGCUACUGCAUCGCCUCCUUCCCGUGCUUACAGGUUGGCCUCCUCCUUAGCCCCUUCUGCCCCGAGGAGGACAACAUCCAGCACAGACCGUUCACCGCCACUACCCCGGGCAGUUCACCACUGUCAUCCUUGGCCAUUCACCCCUGCUCCCGACUUCCCUUCCAUUCCUCAGUUCAAUGGAUUCCAAAAAGGAAAAAACGGUGGAUGGGUGAUGAAUCAACUUCCUGUACUGUUGUGCCAUGAGCAUUGGACGACCCCGACCACUAGCACCACUGCUUCCCGACCUCCUUCUUGCAUCGCCAUCUCCUGGUGGGGCUCUGCCGCCGGAGCACUCUGGCCGUUCACAGCCACCACUCCAGGCCGUUCAACGCCACCACCCCAGGCCAUUCAUUGCCAGCAGCACCCUGGACCCACCCCACCCUGGGAGUUUCAGUUAUCGAGGUACGUCCAACGACAACGAGCAGGCGGCAAGUAUAUUGAUGAGCAGCGGGAUGGUGGCAUGGAGCAGUUGAGUAGUGCUUAUAAGCUUGACAUCUUUGAUGAAUCCAGCCCAAACUGAAGCAUGUCGGUGAGCCGGGGGCUGGGCCAACCACUGUUGUUUGUCUACCUCCUUCCCCGGUGAGCCCAUGCUCUUCUGCUCUUGACGCUUGAGCCGCCUGCAAUUCUUUUCUCUGUUCGAAAAUUCCCAAAGCAUCAGUACUUUGUAUCUGGAUACACCAUGUUAUUUCUGCAAAUUUCCAUUAUGCUUGUAUGUCCAAAAUGUGUGCAUUUACUACUUUUGAUUUGUUGUAGUGCAGAGAAGUUACCCUGUUGCGGGCUGACCUGGAGGUGGCUCCGACACAAUUGCAGGACCACCACGCAAGCUUCCUCAAGGAGCUCAUGCCCAACGAUACUAAAAGAAAAAACUGCUCCAGUUUUGAACUACUUAUUCAGUCAUGCUAUUACCGAGUGAAAAAUGGAGUGAAAGAGUAUUGAAAUUGAUCUCUCUUAGACCCUGUCAAUCCUCUAUCUAUCCUUUCUUUGCUUGUUUUUUGGUCUGUAAUUCAAGAACUUUGACCUUCGUAAUUCGGUUUUUGGUUAAUUUGUUAUGCCCAGUACAAACCACUAAAUCUGAAGAGGCUUCUAAUAGCAAGAAAAUGUGCAGUCGGUGUGGUGUAUAUGUCAUUCAUGUAUGAAAAUUUGCGGUCGGUGUUGUGUAUAUGUUAUUCAUGUACAUGUAUUAUUUAU